AUGGUAGGUUGUAGUGGUUCUCAUGUUGUUGAUGUUGUUGUGGGUGAUAAGAGAAUUGUGGAGGUUGAUGAUGAUAAUUCUUGUAGGAUUGAUUCUGUAAUUUGUGAGAAUUCUUUGGUUAACGAUUGUGAUGAUUUUGGAGGUUUGUUGCCUAGUUUUUAUCCAGAACCAGAGAGAGUUUUGUUGUCUACUAGUUGGAAGGGGAUUAUACAUAGUGUUGGUCAAGAAUUUGAAGGGAGAGUGCCGGCGUUCCGCAUUGCAUUGGCUAAGUAUGCAGUUGAGUGUGGUUUUGCAGUGAAUUAUUUGAAGAACGAUGCAACAAGAGUAACUGCUGAAUGUAUGAUGAAGUCGUCUACGUGUUGUAAAUGGUCUUGUAGCAAAAUAGUUGGUUUUAGACUUGUGUCUGAUAUUGUGCAUAAUGAUAUUAGUCAUACUCCGUUGACUCAUCCUAUUGAAGUUAAAAAAAAGUUGAAGAAGCAAUAUGGUAUAGAUGUUUCUUAUCGAGUUACAUGGUUAGGAGUUGAUAAGGCAAGAUGUGGGUUGUUUGGUGAUUUUGCAACUUCUUUUGAUCAACUUCGAUGGUACCUUGAGACGGCUAUGAGAACGAAUCCGGGAAGUGUGUUUGAAUUAGAUAUGGAUGAAAGUACUGGGUGUUUUCAGAGGGGCGUUACAAGGGGCAUUUGCUUGCAGCAACAUCAAAGGAUGGUAAUCAAGUUUGAUGUUAUUUUGUUUGCAGGCUGGAGAUUGACCUUUGUGUCUGACCGUCAAUAUGGAUUGCUAGACGCUCUUUCAGUGGUUUUUCCCAAUGCACAUCAUGCAUAUUGCUUGAAUCAUUUGAAGACAAAUUUGAUUAACAAAUUGGUCGGACUUCGUACUAACUACAAGCUGAGUUUGAUGAAAAUAUUAGUUAAAUGUGCUUAUGCGCCAAUGGUUGCUUUUUUCCAACAUUAUAUGGUGAAAUUGAGGCGUAUUGCUGGGAAUGGUAGAGUUGAUAGCAUGUUGGAUGGUUUGCAAAAUGAUAAGUGA